UGUAAGUGGUGUGACCUUGAAGGCUGUAUCACACUCAAAAAUGACCUCUACGGUUAGAGGGAAACCGAAAUCGGGCCGCACGUGGAAGGAUGUUCGGACUGCGAAGCAUAGUGCAAUGAAAAAAGAUAAAGGUUUGCAUACAGCAUUCCAUAUUCGUAGAAAAAUUGAAGAACAAGUAAAACAAAUUCGUAAUGCAUCUCUUGAACGGAAAAAAGCAAAAGAUGAAUUAAAGAGGGCUAAACGUUUAAAAGAAGAAGAAAAACGGAAGAGGAAGUUGGAAAAUGAACGUCGGUCAGAAAUUGUUGUUCCGGUUAGUAAUCCAGCGAAAAUCAAACGUAUGCGAAAGAAACAAUUAAGAAUGAUUACAACUCGAUAAAAUGCAACUCUGAUGUAUAAUAAUAAUAAAUAUUCAAAUUUGAUACUUCUGUUUAUUGAACUUCCUUUUCCAGUCGUUAAGACAUGGCUUACUGCCUCAACCACUUGACUUUUAGCCAGUUAGCUAAGAGUUCAAGUCCUGCUUCGCCUACUUAAACCUUGAUGGCAACUGGGUA